AUGCUUCAAAUUCAGGAUGCAGGUAUUCUCUUUCUUUCAGCGAUGAUCACAUUUAUAAAAGUAGGACAACUGUUCUGUGAUCUUUUGAUCCUUUUUUUUUUCACUGUGCAUAACCUCAUAGCAGCCGUUGUGGAGGUGCCCGCUUUAAAGGCGAAGGACAACGUCAAGGGACACUGA